AUGAUUCAGAUAUGCCGUGCGGAAGACGGCGAAUCAUAUCAGGUCAAUGCUAACUUACGAGACAUUGAGAGGCGAGGAAGCCUCGAGGCCUUUUUGCACCAAGAGACGGGUGUUGAUCAGGACGCCAUCUUGGCAUACCUUUCGGAUGGCACACGCUUGCGUACUGACAACGUUCGUGAGCUAGUGGGUGCCCAUGACCAGACUAUUUAUGUUUUCAACAAGUAUUAUCUGGAUUUUGACUUGAACGAUGUGCUUCACGAGCUGAGGGUCACUCCGCUAUUACAACCACCGAUUGAAGAGUCAAUCUCUACAACACCUCCCUAUCGUCCCUCACAACUCGCUGCAUCUUACCUCCGCACAACGCAUACUCACCUCGAACACAUCGUACAUACAGCGGCCACCCUCCACCGCCAACAUCAAGCAGCACGAAUUGCAUGCAGCAGCCUCGAACUGAAUGUCCUCGCUAUAGCCGACGUGUUCGAUGGUAUCGCUAUGACGGCCCGUAAGGACCUCGAGCGCCAGGCUGCGCUCCUUGCAGGUCUGGAUGCGGACCUGGAAAUCAUAAGUCGCGUGAGGAUACAUGUUGAGUUUAUGUCGCCUGCUGUGAGAAAUGCGAUUGAAAAUGGAGAACGGCCGAGGACGUUGGGUGAUUAUGUAUCGAAUGUGAAGAUGAGGCAGGUCGCCGACGCGUGUGCGAGGACGCAUGAGGAGCUUCGGACACAAUUUCAAGACGCUGAGAAGUCAGCGGCCAGGUUAACAAAUGGAACUGAUACUGUGCGCGCAACAGUCGCAAAUACCCAAAUUCUGGAGGGUGCGGAUGCCUCAUGUCGCCGGGCUCAGGAGAUUGUAGAAAAGGCGUCGGAUGUUGCAGCAGCUCUCGAGAGUCCUGCCACGGACCCAGAUAACCUUCUUCGUGAGCUGAAACAUCUCGAUGCUGCACUGCGAAACGAAGUACGAGACGUGACGAAAGCCAAGAACGCUUAUACCGAACAAUGUAUAGGUGUCCUUCGGCAAAUCAGCGCCUUGAAUAUCGACAUCGUGCAGUUACCGACGACGCUUUCUAACCUGCAAGGUAAAUUCAGGGCAAAGAAUAGCUUCUCGCACAUACAGAGGCUUCACAAUAUGCUGUAUGCAUAUGGCGCCACUGUAGUUGAGAUCGUACGACGCAAGGAGUUUGCUCACUUUUUCUAUCAGCGAGCGCAAAGCAUUUUAGAAGUAAUGGCCAAGCUGUCUGCAAGUGAGCGGAAGCGUCGACAGGUAUACAGGGGGGAAGUGCACGGCCAACUACCCUUCGAUACAAAGGGAAUGGAUGAUGCUGUACCGACCAUCGACUUCUCUCCUUCUGGUAGCAAAGAGCCGUCGUAUUCGUUGAACAGAGAAGACAUUGAUGCGCUGCUUCAAGUCCUGAACGAUCUGGAGUCCUGGUCGCGGUCAGGUUCAGACCCUGCGGCAAUGGGCUCAGUGCAUGAGGCGAGAAUUGCAGUGGAUAAGCUCAUUGCUAAGAUGGACAACCUGGAGGCUGGAUUCGACCGUAUUGCUGAACGUUCUUUGCUUUCGGCGUCACGAUUGUCAUCGUCACGCAGAAGGCUAACAGAAGCGGACGAACAAGCAUUUCAGGAAUUGGCUGAGCAACUGCGUGAAACGCAAGCAGCCCAGGCAAACCAGGAAAAGUUGAUACAGCAAGAGCGGAUGGCCUUGCAGGCUGAAAUCCAUCGAGUCCAUAGCGACCUUCAGGCUACUGAACUCACAUCUCAUUCCGAGAGGGAACGCGCGGAUGUACUGGAGCGCGAGCUGCACCAAGCCAAAGCGCAGAUUGAAAGCGAAGCUGCAGCCCGACGAAUACUGGAGCGCCGUAACUUGGAGUUGGCCGAAGAUCUCGAAAAAGAGCGGCGAGAACGUGUUCUAGCACUCGCUGAUGCGACGGAACAGACACGUAUGGUCGAAGUCAUGAGGCAGGACUUAUCACAGGUCCGUUCGCAAGCGGACGAAGUGAAAGCACUGGAAGCUAGGAACGCGUUAAAAGUUGCUCAGCUGGUCGAGGAGCAAGCAACCACUCUGCGGAACUUGGAAGCGGCACGUGCCAGAGGGGAAGAUAUGGAGACCCAGAUCCAAACCGCUCGCUCUGAAUGCGAGGAGGUGAACAGAGCGCUAAAGAUUUCCAACAUGGAGAAAGAUAGAUUACUUCGGUUGCAGGCUAACGAGCACGAUCGCAUCAUGCGGGAUCACAUUGCUGAAGCUGAUGGCGACCGGGCUGUUCUCGAGCACCAAUUCUCGGAGCUCAGAGCACAGCUUGAAGAUACUGAACGGCAACUGAAGGAGGCACGCUCACAAACCGAGUUAACAAACGCAGACGCCAUGGGUUUGCGUGAGGAACUUCAACGGGUUGAGCAUGAGCUUCGGGAGGCAAGGCACGUAGAGAGGAUUCUCCGAGAUGACUUGACAGCUGGACGAGCUUCCCAAUCUGACUACGAGCAUCGAUUGGAAAACAGUGGUCGCCUGGUUGCUCAAAUGCUCGACGUCGCGAUUGCUUUCCGAAACUCUCAUUGCAAGACGCUUUCUCUUGUGCACAAUCUCACCAGUCACCCCAGUUCGUCAAAGCAGGCACAGCCACUGGCCGAAUCUGCAUUUAUGCCCACCCAACGGCAUGGGCAUAGUGCUGGUGCACAAACCGACGAGCCCUCUCCGAUUGAUCCAUCAGAUCUUCUGGGUGCCCUGGAAUCAUUACGCGCCUUCGAUCAUGAUCAUUUCUUGGAAGCAGUGGCCAGAACGGGUUCCAUUAUCCGGAAGUGGCAGAAGCAAUGCAAGGAAUAUCGAGAACGCGCGAAGGGCAAGAUUUCUUUCCGCAAUUUCGCCAAAGGGGAUUUAGCACUGUUCCUUCCGACUAGGAAUUCUAUUUCAAAGCCUUGGGCGGCAUUUAACGUUUCAUUUCCGCAUUACUUCCUUUUGGCCACUGGCCACCUCGCCGAGCAGCUGAAAACGAGAGAAUGGAUAGUGGCGCGGAUAACAUCCAUAACAGAACGUGUUGUCGACAGCAAGGACCCCUCCAGCAAUCCAUAUGGUUUAGGCGACGGUGUAAAGUACUACAUGUUGGAAGUGGAGGACUGGACUCAAGCAGGUCAGAUGAAUAAGCGGAGACCUGCUGUCAGAAAGGUUUCAGCGUUAUCGGAUCCUGAAACGGACCGCAAGACAAGCUCAGAUCCGCCCGAACCUCCUCCUAGCAAACCGCCAGCGCCACCCCAAUCUGAAUUUGAGAGUGCUUUCAGUGUUACCCAGCCUCCUACAUCAUCGUCCUUCCCCAUCAGGGCAAGAGCAAACUCCACACCAGUCACUGGUCCGUCUUCAUUGUCUCGUCUACUUGCUCAAGCCCCGUCUGAGAGCCUACUGGAAACUAUUGCACCGUCACGGGAUGCCUCUCCCCCCACUACCCCUCCGCCACCGUCUCUCCCUUCACCGCCUCCACAACAAAUUGAUUUGAAUGCACAACAGCCUGCGUCAUUAACUCAUCCUCCACAUGUAUCAUCUCCACUGCGCCCAGGUUCGCGCGCAUCCCGCGGUUCCUCGUCCUCUAGGUUCUCCGCGGUGCGGCUUCCGCCACUUGCAUCUGCAUCUGCUUCUCCCGCUACUGUGAAAGCAGUGGCUACUACCGCUGUGACGGAACACGAUCCAUCCUCUAUCUCUCCUCCACACGAAUUUUCAGCCAGUAGAGAACCGCCCUCCCCGCAAGGCUCAUUGUCCGAAGGGAUGACCAGUAUCUUUCUUCACAGACACCGAACUACUUCUCACCAUGUCCCCCGAUCCUCGCCAUUGGCGUCUAGUAAUUUCUCAGGCGCACCUUCUAUAUCCGCUACUAGCACCCUUGCGAGCUUGGCCAGCAAUUUCGGGGUGCCUUUCGGGAGAAGAAAGAAGGUCGACAUGCCUACCCCCAUCAUGGAGAGUGGGCCUAUCCGUGAUCAAGCCGGGGGAAGUGAGGUAUCAGCCAGUGAAAUGCUAAGACGGUUUUAG